AUGGGAGGGAUAAUGGGAGGGGAGUGUUUCCCAUUUGCGAUGCAAGUGGCAAGAGGCAGAUGGUUCACAGUUUAUGCCUCCAUGUUGGUCAUGUGCGGGGCUGGAACAACCUACAUCUAUAGUCUCUACAACAAAAAUAUUAAACUUCUAGGAUAUGAUGAAGACCAAAUGAGUAAUAUAGCUUUUUACAAAGAUGUUGGAUCAUACCUGGCGAUUUUCAAUGGCCUCAUUGUUGAGGUGAUACCAACAUGGCUUGGGCUCUUCCUCGGCGCCGCCAUGAACUUUGGCGGCUAUUUCAUGAUAUGGCUUGCCGUCACGGGCCAGAUUCCCAAGCCAGCUGUUUGGCAGAUGUACUUUUAUAUUGCCGUGGCAGCCAAUGCUCCCAACUUUUCUGCCACAAUAGCUAUUGUCAAAUCUGUCCAGAACUUUCCGGUGAGCCGAGGCGUUGUUUUGGGUCUAAUGAAGGGUCUCGUUGGGCUCGGCGUACCUAUCAUAACCCAAAUUUACUAUGGCAUAUAUGAAAAUGAUUCAAAAGGUCUUGUUCUUCUCUGUGCAUUACUCCCAACUGCAGUAUCACUCCUGUUUAUGUUCACAAUCCGGAAUCUGAAGAAUAGAAGGCAACCGAACGAGCUGAGGGUGUUCUUGAAUUUCUUUUAUUUAACUAUCUUGCUUGCACUUUUUCUCAUGGUCAUAACUUUACUUGAGAACUACAUUAAAAUUCUGACACCAGCUGUCCAUACAAGUAGUGCCAUAGCAGUCAUUGUUAUGCUCUUCCUCCCGCUCCUUCUUGUCAUUAAAGAAGAGUUUUCCAUCUGGGAAGUUAAAAAACAACCACCAACUGAUCAGCUGGGAACCAAUGAGAAACAGCCUCAAGAAGCAUUAAUAUUUCCUGGAGACUCCUCUUCGGAGCAAAAAGGAAUGUCCUGUUUUGCAAACAUCUUCAACAAACCAGAAAGAGGAGAAGACCACACCAUCUUGCAAGCAGUUCUAAGCAUUGACAUGUUCUACAUCUUCCUUGUUUCUUUAUGUGGAUAUGGUUCGGCCUUAACAUCCUUUGAUCAGUUACGAGCCAUUGGAUUAGCACUCCAAUUUGACGAUCCACUUGUCAACUCCAUCAUCACACUAGCAAGUGUGUGGAGUUAUUUUGGGAGGGUUUACUCUGGUUUCAUCUCUGAACUUCUGCUUAUGAAAUGGAAGCUUCCCCGGUCGGUGAUGAUGUCAGUUAUUCUUCUUCUACACAGCAUUGGUCUGCUCGUCGUCGCCUUGGAUUCUUCUUAUUCUUCAUACUGCGUGGGAUCAGUGAUAAUUGGAUUCACACUUGGCGCACAAGUACCAAUAAACUUGGCAAUGAUUUCUGAGUUAUUUGGCCUCAAGUACUUCGCUACAUUGCUCAAUUGUGCACAAACCACAACACCUCUUUGGGUAAAUCUGUUGAAUACACAGCUUACGAACACCCUUUAUGCAAGAGAGGCAGCCAAGGAGCUGCAUCAGCGAAUUAAAAACAGGUGCAGUAGUGAACACCUGUGUUUCAGGUUAUCCUUCCCCAUUUUGGCUACCAUUACGUUAAUAGGAGCUCUUAUCUCUCUUCAAUUCGCGAGGAAAACUCGAGAAUUUUACAAAAGUGACAUUUAUAAGCGGUUUAGAGUUGAAAGAUAUAGUAGGGGUGAUACAUAUAAAAGGUUUAAAGGUGAAACAUAUGUGAAGUUUGGAAAAGGCGUAAAGACCACAGAGACAGAAAUGGUUCAAUCAUCCUCUGAUUAUAAUGGACACUAG